AUGAAAUUUAAAAAUUUUUACAGUUAUAUUAUUUAUCUAUUUUUGAUAUUAUUUAAUGAAUGUCAUUUUUAUCAAAGAAUAAUAAGGUAUAAAAGGCAAGCAUUUCCACCAAAUCCAGCACCAUUUCAAAAAAGAGAAGAAGAUUAUAAUUUACCACCAUUUUAUAAUCCAUAUCCUGGUAGAGAUGCAUCAUCAUUAUCACCAAUGUUUCCAUUUACCUCAACAUUUAAUAAUGGUUUAGAUAUAAAUCCAGGAAGAAGAAUAACUGUUGAUGGUAACUUAAAUGUUCCCAUUCUUGGUUGGGGAAUGUGGGAUUAUAGAGGUGCUGUUAGAACAGGAAGACCAAAUACAAGAGUUGGUUUUGGUGCACUAGGAAGACCAACAAAUAUCUUUAAAUUAUCACCAGAAACUAUUGAAACUUUAGCUAAAGAUCCUAAUUUUAAUAAAGCAAGAGAUGACUUACCAUCAAUUCCAGUAUCAGUAUUACCGGGUAAUUUUGUUCCAUUACGUUGUAAACCACCAUUAUGUAAUCCAUUUGUUCAUAAUGCCGCUUUUGGUGUUGAUGUAGAACCAGGUGAUGAUUAUCUAUUUGAUGGUGGUAUUGAUUUUCCAUUACCAAUUGCUCCAGGAGGUGUUGGAGUUAGAUUUCCACUAUCUGGUGGUGUCAAUGUUGGUAGUGAUCCAUUGGUUAUCUCCUAUGGACAUGGUAUGGGUCCUGUUUUACCACCAGAUUUUGAAAGAAAAUCUGUUAGAGAAAGUAAAAGAAAAGCUGUAUUUAGUGAUAAUAUUCAAAAUUAA